AUGGUUUCUGCCGAGAAGCAGUCCUCCAGACGGCCUGCGUGCCUGUCGCUCACCCGCUUUAUGCGGUUUAUUUCCUCCGAAUAUCGCAUUCUUUUUACCGCCGUUUUCCUUUCCAACCUUGCUGGCGUCGUCAUAUUCUUUUGGCUAUGGUGGCUCAAUGGUAACCCUAACCCUACGACCUGUGGUCUGGCAACCUCGAUCAACCUUGUUGUUUCUAUCGCCAUUCGAGAAGAGCACAUCGUCAACGGCCUCUAUCGAAUUUUCACUUCUAUCCCCACAACCUGGCCGCUAUGGAUGAGAGAGCGAGCGGGUAAGAUCUACCACCUCGGCGGCCUGCACAGCGGUUGCGGUGUGGCGGCAGUAUUCUGGUUCAUUCUAUAUUCAAUCCAGAAGACCAGAGACGUUCACAUCGCCAAACACCGUGAUGGCGUCAUGUGGGCGCAUAUCGUCGUGGUGUACAUGCUGGAUUGCUUGCUCGUAGCGAUACUGGCCAUGUCCUACCCAACUAUUCGCGCCAAGAUGCACAAUGCCUUUGAGGCUGUUCAUCGAUUUGCGGGUUGGUCUACUCUUGCCCUCUUAUGGUGCAUGACAAUUCUGGAAGCAAAACUCAAUACUGCCCCUGGCCACUCCCUUGCCGCUUCGGUAUUUGGCAGCGCCAAUAUCUGGCUCGUCUUCAUUGCGACUUGCUGCGUUGUUUCUACAUGGCUCAACUGCCGAAAGGUAGAGGUCCAGUCAGAACGACUCUCAUCACACGCUCUUCGGAUGUACUUCGACUACACCAACCCUCAACCUGGCACAACUAUUCGACUAUCGUCGCGGCCUUUGAUGGAGUGGCACGCAUUCGCGACCGUUAACAACCCGAAGGAACACGGGUUUUCGCUUGUCAUUUCCAACGCUGGCGAUUGGACCAAAAAGCUUAUCAAUGACCCUCCCCGACAUGUCUAUGUCCGUCGUACACCAACAUGCGGUGUCUUGCGCAUUGCACCCAUGUUCAAGAGCAUCGUCCUGGUAGCUACAGGCUCGGGUAUUGCACCUUGUCUUCCGGUCAUCCUAGCGAAGCAGACCCGGGUAACUCUAUUCUGGUCAACUAGGGACCCAUUCAAAACCUACGGACCAAAUAUCGCUUCUAUCAUUGAGGAGAUGGGUGAUGACGCGCACAUCCACAACACUUCAACAAUGGGAAGACCGAAUACUCUCCCUACAGUCCUUGAUCUAUACAAAAAGACGGAGAGUGAGGCUGUAAUUGUAAUCUCCAAUCCGAAGCUCACAAUAGAUCUUGUCUUGGACCUGCAGGCUUUGGGUGUGCCGGCAUUUGGACCAAUUUGGGAUUCUUAG